AUGGAUCAUCUUUUAACGUUUCUUGGCCAAAUAGAUGUCAUCAAUUUUAUUGAAGCGAUAAAUAUAAACGAAGAAUGGUACUCACUUGUAAGGUCAUCGGAUGAUAGUUUUCGUCAGUCGAUGGAGAGCUUUCGUGGAUGUNUUAAAUGGCGAAAGUCGAUUUCGCAUAGGUCUAUUAUAUACAUAUGGCUCUAUAAAUCAAUUUUAUCUGGAUAUUGUUUUAUAGAUAAUGAAGAUAAUCAAUUGCUUAUGUGUGUACCUGGCUGUGGUGGCACUGGUAAAUCUCAAUUAAUUCGUGCCAUCACAAGAUAUUUUGAGGUCACCAAACGCUUGAAGAUGCUCCGUAAAUUGGCACCAACAUCUGUAGCUGCAGCAGAGAUUGAUGGAUUAACUAUUCAUUCAUUUUUAGGAGAGAACCAUAAGAUUCCUAAAAAGUAUCGAUCAAAAACAUUCAGACCAGGGGACAAUAAAUUGGAAGCACAAUGGCGUGAUGUGGAAUAUCUAAUUAUUGAUGAGAUGAGUAUGGUUGGACUCAACUUGCUUGCUCGAUUGAAUCGAGUAGUGAAAACAGCGAAGCAUUUGAAACCUGACGUAGCGUUUGGUGGUGUCAACGUAAUAUUCUUUGGUGAUUUUCUGCAGUACUCUCCAGUAUUGGAUAAGCCUUUGUAUGCAAGUUUCGAGGUAUCCUCUAUAUGUGCAGAGCGGGAUAUUGAAAUACAAUGUGCUCAAAAAAUCAUGUCCCAGAUAAAUUGUGCCGUCGAAUUAACUCAGCAGAUGCGUACCGAAGAUAAACAAUAUUUAGAAUUGCUAAAUCGUUUACGUAAAGGACAAUCAACUAUGGAAGAUUACCAACUUCUUUGCACACGUAUUGUUGGGAACGAAUCUUUGCAAGAGUCCUUAUCUAAGCCACCAUGGAAUGAUGCACCCAUGCUGGUUUUUCGCAAUACGCUUCGUACGCAACUUAACAAUCGAGCUGUUGUAAACAGAGCUCUUGAAUUAGGUCUGCAACCAGUGGUCUGUGUUGCUCAAGAUUAUAUAGGGAGAAAAUUAAUUGAAAAUUCACGAUUACGUAGAGCAAUUCUGGAACUACCAGAUAAUAAAACUGAACACCUACCAGGAUACCUUCCACUCACACCAGGAAUGCCAGUUCUACUUACAGAAAAUAUCGCCACAGAACUUGGACUAUCGAAUGGUGCCAGAGGAAUAUUUCAUCAGCUAAUAUAUGACAAUUCAUCUGACACUCAUGACUUCAAUGGCGAGAUUUUCCCAGCGAAUACUAAGCUUAUAACACAGCCCAAGUAUGCCCUAGUGGAAUUCCCAAAUUGCAAGCUCGAAUCGGCACUGGACACGCUCACACCAAAAAUGAUUCCUAUUCCUGUCAGCGAGCAAACUUUCUCUUUCGAUGUAAGUGAGUAUCUUCAUAAAUCAGCUUCGAAAGCUUUAAAAGGAAGGAAAGCAUCUACAAACAUUACUGUGAAACGAAAGGGUCUUCCAUUGGUUCCAGCAUACAGCAUNUUCACUUUCACGAUAUCAACCACAAAAUCGUAA